AUGUCUGAUCUAGACUAUAACGAUCUUCUCCCCCAGAUAUCGACCAAUCUCAGUAACACACUGAACACAUGGGGCGCAUCGUCGCAUCAGUAUCAGGCAGUUUUGCAAACACUCAAGGAUCUUCUGCAACGCAUAGAGCAGCGUGAUGCGCAGCUCGUCAAGUCUACGGAGAUAGAUGCUGAUAUGUUGAGUCAGGCGAUGGAGUUUCUGAAAUUGGGAUAG